CCCUUAAGCCCUCUUCGUAGUCGCCGUCGUCCUCCUUUCCACCGGAUAACUGCGUCUUAUCUCCGAACCGCGAGCGAGAGUCUUCCCUCCGUUUCAAUGGCGUCCGCGAUCUCCGUGCACGGCCCUCGCCCCAUCCUCCUCCUCCCCCCCUCUCAGGGUACUAAUGGUAAAGAUGUUACCGAAAUGGGUAAGGCGCCUACGAGCUUUCAAGUUGCUAGCAUGCAGCAAAGGAAGUAUGGGGCGACAUGCUGUGCGGCCAGAGGAUUAACAUCUAGAUCUCACUAUGCCUCCAGCUUGGCAUUCAAACAAUUUUCUAAAACCCCCUCCAUCAAAUAUGACAGGAUGGUUGAGAUCAAGUCUAUGGCCACGGACUUGGGUCUGCAGGCGAAAGUAACAAACAAAUGCUUCUUUGACGUGGAAAUUGGGGGAGAACCUGCUGGUAGAAUAGUAAUGGGCCUCUUUGGAGAUGAUGUUCCAAAAACUGUUGAGAACUUCCGUGCUUUAUGCACAGGUGAAAAGGGAUAUGGCUACAAAGGAUGCUCCUUCCAUCGUAUCAUUAAGGACUUUAUGAUCCAGGGAGGGGAUUUCACUAGAGGAAAUGGAACUGGAGGAAAGAGCAUCUAUGGUUCAAGUUUUGAAGACGAGAACUUUGCAUUGAAGCAUGUCGGACCUGGAGUAUUGAGCAUGGCAAACGCUGGCCCUAACACUAACGGGAGCCAAUUUUUCAUAUGCACUGUAAAGACUCCAUGGUUGGACAAUCGCCACGUUGUGUUCGGACAGGUUGUCGACGGGAUAGAUGUUGUGCAGAAACUUGAAUCUCAGGAGACAAGUCGAUCGGAUGUGCCUCGGCAGCCAUGCAGAAUUGUGAACUGUGGGGAACUUCCCCUAGACGGUUGAUUCACACGAGCUGGCUUGUUGCAAUGCGGAGCACAAAUUUUGGUAACGUGUUCCGGUUUCGUCAAGUUUCAUACGACAGCUCUUCGUCGGGUCAGGAUUUUUUUAACUGGACGUUCAUGUUUGCUUGGAGACUGCAUCGGUGAUUCUGACUUCAGUGGUAGCCCAUGAAAUUUGGGUUCUGUGUUAGAAUUUUUCCUUAAGAGGAAAGUGAAUUUUCAAAUGACCCGUGAUUUUACUCGUACGCUACUCUGAUACUGCAAAGCGCGAAGUCUUUUGAGGCUCUAUUGCAAAUACAAUUUCUCAAUUGCUCGGACA